GUGUUUAAAAUGGUGCAGGUUUAAGCUUGUCUUGGUGCGAUCUCGCUCACGUAAUAAAAUUAAAAGCAUAAUGUUAAGGAAGGCGGAUUCUAAAAAAAAACUAAAGAAACUCGUUCUAUAUUCCGAGGCUCUUCGGUCUCCAAAUCUUCGAUUGCUUCGGGUGACUGGGCCUAUACGAACGCCAAGACGAGACUUGCCGUUGUGCGGUCCCGGGGCGGCGGCGGACGGCAGCAUGGCAUUUGCGUCGCGGGCGCCUUACGAGCGGACGUAUCGCCGGCGCAUUCGCACCUUAUAAACAUUGAAUAUCGAACAGUUUUUUGUCGAGCAGCGUUUUUAUUUAGUCAUAUCGUCGGCUUUCUGGGCGCAAAGAAUAAAAAAGCUAAAAGCUCCCAUUUAACAAACGAUCGGAUCGGGGUUCCGUUUUGGUUUCUAGUUAGCAAUAAAUUGAAUUUUGUCGUCGUCAAGGUGACGUAAAACCCGGUGCAGUGAUAACGGGGAGUGAUGUGAAUCAAGUUGUGUUUACGUUGCGAUGUGUGUGGGUCGAGUGUAAAGUGGUUUGUUAUUUAUGAUGGGUUAUGCAUCCAGCGGGGCGGGGCGGGCAGCGCACGAGGCGCUGCUCGCGCGGCAGGACGCCGAACUGCGUCUUAUGGAGUCCAUGAAGAGGAGUCUUCAGGCCAAGAUGAAGAGCGACCGCGAAUACGCCCUCGCCCUCUCGGCCGCUGCAGCUCAAGGCCAAAAAAUGGACAAGUGCGAGGACCUCAAUGGGUCUCUAAUAGCGUCCGCUUGGCGAACCAUGACGGAGGAGUGGGAAAACACCAGCCGCCUUAUCAAGGCCAAUGCUGAAGCUCUGGAGUCACGGGCUUUGGAUCGGCUCAUCACAUUGAUGACAGAACGGCGGAAAACCCGCAAAAUUUAUCAAGAAGACCAUACCAAAAUCUCUUCACAGUUUACACAGUUAACGGAAGAAGUGCAGAGAAAACAAAGCGACUAUCAAAAGUGUCUGGAAUCAUACAAACAAAUGAGGGCUAAGUUCGAGGAGAACUACCUUAAAUGUAAGUGUCCGACGAGUAGGGGUGGUCGUAAGUUAGACGAGACACGUGACAAGUACAGCAAAGCAUGUCGGAGGCUGCAUCGUGCACACAACGAGUAUGUGCUACUGUUGGCUGAAGCGACGGAGUGCGAGCGGGCGCUCAGGACUGCCGCAUUGCCUUCACUAUUGGACCAACAAAAGAGACAAGGAGAGGCGACAGCGGCUACAUGGAAGGCAAUACUCUUGGAGGUGGUGCAAAGAUCCGACUUCAGUACGGACAAAUUCCGCGAGAUCACCAGCAAAGUGGAGACGACCAUACAAAAUCUCAAACCCCAAGAUGAAUACAAAGAAUUCAUGGAGAAAUACAAAUCACCGCCCUCAACACCAAUAACAUUUACAUUCGACGAGAGCCUAGUUGAAGAUACGAGUGGUAAACUCCAACCGAACCAACUAACAGUUGACAAUCUCACUGUUGAAUGGUUGAAAGAGAAGCUGACCGAACUGGAAUCAUCAUUACAAGACAACAGAGAGAAGCAGACAGCGUUACACGGCCCGGAGAUCAUAGGCAAUGGUAUCUGCAAGAAUAAUAAUAGUGGUUCACAGUCCGGUAUCAGCAAUGGGGUCAAUGGCAUCGAUAGGCAUUCGCCGCCACCUAUACCAGUGACGUCAUCAGAGCCGACGAAACUUCUGGAACUCCGAGUGGUGGAGCGUAAGUGCGCGCGCCAGGCGGAACUGAUCCGGACCGCGCUGGCGGAGCUCGGCUGCGAGGAAGCGCCCAGCGGCUGUCCUGAUCUCUCUGCUGAGACUGUCGGCGGAGACAGCCUGGAUGGAAGCUCUCCAGACCACCAGGAUCGUUCAUCGUUGGGGUCUAAAUCGUCGGUGGACGCGUUGCGGUUGCAUCUCCAUUCUAUAAUCCCGCCGAGGCCCUUCUUCAAAAUGUUCACGAGGCCCUUUAGACGCAAGUCGGUGCCCUCGAGCCCGGCCCUACCGCCCAAAACGUACCGGAGUAGCAGUGAAGGGCCCGCAGACACGGUGAGCGUGAGUGAGACGGAGCGAUCGCUAGUGGAACAAGAAUGGUUCCACGGGGUGUUGCCUCGCGAGGAGGUGGUGCGCCUGCUGCGAGCGGACGGGGACUACCUGGUGCGGGAGACGACGCGCAACCACGCGCGACAACUCGUCCUCUCCGUCUGCUGGGGGCAACACAAGCACUUCAUUGUGCAGACCACACCGGAGGGUCACUACCGUUUCGAGGGUGCUGCAUUCCCUUCAGUGGGCGAGCUGAUAGCGUGGCAGCGGGCAAGUGGUGUGCCAGUCACCGCGCGCUCCGGAGCUCUGCUCCGCCGCGCUGUGCCGCGAGAGACGUGGGAACUUAACAACGACCAUGUCAUAUUAUUGGACAAAAUCGGACGGGGUAACUUCGGGGACGUGUACAAGGCUCGUUUGAAGACGACGGGUCAGGAAGUGGCGGUGAAGACGUGCCGCGUGGCGCUGCCUGAGGAACAGAAGCGCACAUUCCUUCAGGAGGGCCGCAUUCUAAAGCAGUACCAACAUCCCAACAUCGUCCGCCUCAUCGGCAUCGCCGUGCAGAAGCAGCCCAUCAUGAUCGUCAUGGAACUAGUACCGGGCGGGUCCCUGCUGACGUUCCUGCGCACGCGUGCGGGCGCGCUGAGCUCGCGCUCGCUACUGGCGAUGUGCCGGGACGCGGCGGCCGGCAUGCGCUACCUCGAGUCCAAGAACUGCAUCCACCGCGACCUCGCCGCCCGCAACUGUCUCGUCGCCGACGACCACACCGUCAAGAUCUCCGACUUCGGCAUGUCGCGCGAGGAGGAGGAGUACAUCGUCUCCGGGGGAAUGAAGCAGAUACCCAUCAAGUGGACCGCACCCGAGGCGCUCAAUUUCGGCAAGUACACGUCGCUCUGCGAUGUAUGGAGUUACGGAGUGCUGAUGUGGGAGAUAUUCUCUAAGGGCGACACUCCCUACGCCGGAAUGAGCAACUCGCGCGCUCGGGAAAAAAUCGACGCCGGCUACAGAAUGCCGGCACCUGACGGUUGUUCCGAGGACGUGUACGCUCUGAUGCUGAGGUGCUGGGAAUACGAGGCUGACAAGCGACCGCAUUUCCAUCAAAUAUACACCAUUAUUGACAACAUUUACAACAGGUAACAGAUUCAGGAACACAGCGAUGGUAAUUAUAAUGAAACAUAUAUCUAUCAACUAAUUUGAGUCUAUUUCAAAGACUAAAAUAUCAAUUUUAGUAUUUCCAAAUAGAUCUUACUUUUUAAAAAUCAAUAAUAGUGAGUAUCCACUGCAUUUGUGUCAUAAUAUAUAUAAUAUUGCCAUCCUUGUCAAUCUCUUUGAAGAAAAGAGAGAUAGCAAUAGUGUUCGACAUUUGAAAUACAAUAAAAUUGAAGAUUAAAAACAAUGAAAUAAAAAUUCUGUAGUUGCUUAUUUAACUCUGGCUUUCCAAUUUCCAAACAUUUAUUAAGAAAUAUUGUCUUUGCAAAAUUAGGGAUAUAAAUGAUUACGUUUAAAAGUGUUUCGAUUUAAAUUUUUUAUCAAUAAUUUUCUAUAUUUGUACAUUUAUAAUUAAUUAUAAGUUAUUUUAUAUUUGUAAAUAAAUUUUGUGUUACCGUCGUGCGUGUAAUGACUCGGUAUUAUUUCUAUUUGAUAUUAUACGUAAUGUAACAGACAAUUUAGUUUUCUAUUUAUUUUAGCGAUUGUAUAUAAUAAUUACCUGAAUUUUAUGUCAAUUAUUAUAUUCAAUGUGUUUAACGGUUAAGGUCUGUUGCAACUUAUUUUUUUUGGAAAUGUAAAAAUUAAUCAAAUUUAGGACAACAAUAACGUCGCCUAAUUGAAAUUUAUAAUUUGUUUUUUGUAGUACCGAAUUAUAAUUAUUCCAUACUCAUUUUUAUUUUUUUAAUAUGUUUAUUGAAUUGUAAUUUGAAUUAAGAAUACUUUUUUGAAUCUGUCAAUAGCUUUACGUAAUUGCAUAAUCGAAUAAAAGUUUUUGUGAAUAUCGAAUUACAAUUAUUAUUAGCCAUUAACAUGCCUAUUUAAGUCAAUUUUGUAGUAGUUUUAAAUUAGUUAAUCUUUUUUGUUAAUUAAUUCUCAUUUUUUUUAUCUCAUAUAUGAAAUACAUGUAUAAUUUUUUAAAUAAGGAUGUAUGUAUCAAUGACUUAAACCUUUCAAGUGUAAUUUAAAAAAUGCUUUAAUGCCGCAAGCUUUUUUUAUAUUUGAGCUAUGACGUUGCAAUAUGGCGCUGGUUUUUUUGCGCAUUUUCAUUUGAAAUGUACUGUAUUUCAUGUGAUUGGUUCUCUUUUAUAAAUUAUAUUGAUAUUAAGUGAAAUAAUAUUAAGAUCGCAUUAAAACAUCAAUAUUAUGUUGUAUCAGUGUUACAAGAACAAUAAUAUUAUGUGUAAAAUUUGAAAUAGAACAUUACAAUUACAUUUUUAUUAUAUUAUCUGUAUUAUUCUAUGUAUGUUUAAGAUUAUAUUUCGUUUAAACCCCAAGAGCUUCCGUGUGUUGAUUUAAUUUUAAGAUAAAUUGUUUAGAUUUGAUUGUAUUGUGCUAUGUUGGUGAAAGUAACGUGCUUCCAUUUUAUAAAUUGUGUUUACAUUAAAUAACAAAUUGAACUAUUUGUCUUGCCUACAUAGGUGCCAUAGAUAUAUAACCUAUAGAUGGAUAGUUUAAACAAGUUUGACGGCUAAUUGAGAGUCAAUUUUCGAAAUGAGAUUUUGUAUUAUAAAUGACAACACUGAGGGAAUUUAUUCCAACAAGAGACCUUUUCCCGCCUUACUUUUGUACUUCGAAUCUAUGAGUUAUAAAUUUAUGGUUAGUGCAUAUUUCAAAAAUGUUAUAUUCAACGUGAGUUUCCACUGUCAAAAUACUUGUAUAAAAACGUAUUUUCAUGAAAUCAAAGAAAGCAUUCUCAUUGAAAAGAUAAAGAAAGCAAUAUGUUUAUUGCACAGAUGUUUUGUUAGUGAAAAUUCACCACUAAUGAAAAAAUUGAAGUGAGACACUUCUCUGUAUUUUUUUUAUGUUUAUUAUUUUUAGUAUUAAUAUGUGAAAUGUAAAUAUUUUUACGUCAAUAUCAAUUAAAGUGCCAGAUGAUU